UUUUCCAAUUUACGUUUAGAACAAAAUCCAUAAACUCACAAUUCUAUAAACUUUCAUUUUUUGUUAGAUGUUUCAAAAUUUUUUUAUGUUACCAAAUUUAAACGGAAACCGGAGGAACCAUGAACUUGCAUCAAAGGAAAUAUGGUAACCUUUGUAGUGAUAAUUUCAGAUAUAAAAAUGGUCCUUCAAUAGAAUAUAAUCUGGAACAAGUCAGCUUUGUGCGGAGACUAGCUCAUCGAUUGCGUCUGGCUGUUUUCGAGGGAGGUUCUGAUGAUCCAGAUGAAAAUGCGGUGCUUAAAGAAGCCAUACGAGCGGCAAUAAGAAAGGGUAUGAAAGCCACGAAAAUUUCAAAAGUAAUAGAGAAUUUAAAUAAAUCUCUGAAUCCUUCACGCACUCACAUUGUUCAACUGCGCCUUGGAUUGAAAGUUUGUGCCAUCAUCACUGCAAAUUGUAGUUCGAUGCAAAAAUUAACGUCCAUUUUACAACCUCUCCUGAAGCGACAUAAGGCAACCUUUGAUAAUGUUUUGCCAUUCUUCAACUACGAAAAUAACAUUGAGGCUAUUACGUAUGACAAAAUUGAGCGUAAUUCAGACGAUUUGGCAAAGAAGUUAAUAAAUGAUGGUCUAGCUUGUAAUGCAUAUGCUGUGCGAGUUGUGGACUACGAAACGGGUGCUGUGAGUUUUAAGUCAAACACAGUGCAAUUAUCUUCUACUUGUGAAAGUCUGAAGAAUAUUGGUUACCAAAUUUUGCAUUUGUAUUGCAGUUUUGCAGCAAAAGCACAAGUUCGCUUGAAUGAUCGGGAAAAUGAGCGCUACUUCAAAUUCCUUACUAAGUUACUAGAAAUACCGGAAGUUCUUAAGGUUACCGAUAAUGUAGCUUUAAAUUAAUAUCUCUAAAGUAUUGAGAUUACUAGUAUUGAUUAACUUUUUUGCUUAAUUUAUGAUUUCGUAACUAAUGAACUAAAAAUUUUUUGUG